UCCUAGCUUUGCCGUGCAGACACCUUGUGGGGAAGACAGCAGCUGCUAACCUCACUGACUAAUCUGAUUAGAAAAAGCAGCAUGAAAAAACUCAGGCCUUAAUUUUGAACAGAUUUCCUGCAUUUAUUAUCUGCUGGGAGCAAUCUGCAUGGAAACAGGUCAUUGGAGGCCUAACUGAGACGAGCUGAAAGCUGGAAGUGCAGACUCGGCGGCAGGGUGGACCACUGAGGGAAAACAGGUCUUCGCAGGUCUUUGCUAAGUGUUGAACAUCUGUUUGUGCAAAUAUGAAUCCAGUGUGGAAGGUAUAUAAAAGCAAAGUGAUGAAGACUCUGAAUCCUGAGUAUGAGGAAGACACUGCUGAAGAGGUCACAGAGGGGGAGAAUGACAUGAGCCCAGUGCAGGACGAUGAAGGGCCCAACGCCGUCACCCAAUUGGCCAAAAAAAUGCAGGGAGCGGGAACUAAAAGCUGGAAUAGAUUUUCAUCUCUGUUCAACAAAGAUGAUGAGCAUCAGCUUCUCGAGGAAACAGAGAGCCCACCAGUUGCUGACCAUCCUCUUGCAGUGAAGCCAGAGGAGCCCCCCCGGUUCGCCAGACGUUCAGGAUUCUGGGAUAGCUUUGCAACCAACUGGGCUGCUAAGAAGCAGGCUGAAGCUGAAGCUGCUGCUGCUGCAAAUGAGGGGGCAGCAGUACAGGGUGAAGAAGCGAUGACAGAAGCUGGAGGGGAGGAACCGCAGGAAGGGCAGGGUACCGGGGGAGAGGAAAGUGAAGGAGGAGGAAGGAGCAACAACAGGUUCUCUAAAUACGUCACACUGGGGGGACGCAGCGAGGACACGUCCUUUAAGUGGAACUUUGUCACCAGUAAGCUUGCUGAGCUGAAGACUAAAACCAACUAGUUACCUUAAGAGGAAAUUAACAGAGUUCAGGACAACAUAAAGAUGCAUGAAGGGAGUUUAAAGGAGAGUAGAUUUUACACAGGAUGUCCUGAAACAAAAUUGAUCACCUAUAGAAACCCUUAUCGAUGAUACUCUGAACUUAUUAGCCUUUGCUCCAAAGAUGUUUGUUCACAACCACUAUAAAUUACAAUAAACCAGGUUUACUCAUUAACCUCCUCAGUUUACUUUAACAUUUAUUUGUUCAUUUAUUUUCAGUUUUCAAGACUAAAAAGAAGAUUUAAUAUUAAUAGAAAGAUAUAUUCAGCCUUUUUAACCAUACAGGAGAGGGUUUCUGCAUACUUAGAAACACCAUUAGUUCCUGAAAGAGAGAAACUCUGGACAAAUGCUACACAACCCCCAUGCAGAAAAAGGCUUUUCCUGUACUUCAGAAAGGGGGAUAAUAGAAUUAGUUACAGUAAAAGUAGGUUAGGACUAAUAAAGUUAUGCCUCGUGUCUGCCUACAGCGGUCUCUUCAGCACACAGCCAGCAAUCAAGCUGCUAACAUGGAAGAUGAAGUCAAAACAGCAGAUUUAAAGGAGAAAUACAUAACAUUUGUCAUUUGAUUCGACAUUUCCAACUGGGGGUUGUGCUGUGAUAUUUACUUGCCCAAAAGUGCUUAAGCCAGGAAAAAUGAUUCUCAUACCUGUCAGCAAACUUGAGCUAGUCUGUAGUUUAGUAUAAACUGGAUUAAGAGAUUAGAGACAGUGAUAGCUGGAUUAGGUGAGGAUUAACUCACUUAACCUGUUCAGAGGGCAGCAGAUUACAGCUAAAAGACCUCGCAGUGCUGCAAAACCAUGACACAAUCAUCUUAAAGCAUUUACCAAAACAAAAAGUUUUUCUUCGAUAUUGAAAUGAAAUGUAUAAAUAAUGAAUGUGUGUUUGGUGAGGUGAUGUCAGCUGACAUGAUGGCUUGAUAUUUUCUGAUUGUGACUGAGACAUGUGCAAUAUGUGACUCUGCUCAUCUUUAUUCAUGACAUGUAAAAAAAAUACCAAGUUGUUUAAAAUGCUAUCCUAAGCUAAUCUUUUUGGUUUUGACUUGUAUGUGGAUUCUGUUGUUUUGAUCUGAUAUGAAAUAAUAAAGACAA